AACUACAAAAUCAAGAAAUGUCAUCAAAUAUACAAAAGCAACAAUAAUUUUAUUUGUAUUUGCUUGCUAUUUAUUUAAACGCUACAAUUAAAGCUCUAUAUUAUCUACAAAAUGAUUUUAAAGUAAAUUGUGCCGUGUAAACUGGGUAUUGUAAGCGAGAUUGGUUACGACACAUGGCGGGUUUUUGAUUAUUGUUCAAUAACUCCACGUACAAUUUACAAACAAUCUAAUGCUUGUCUUCAAAUUACCAAGCUAUACAUGAUAAUAGCGUCAUUUAUGUUAAUAAAUAUACAGCAAAACAAAAUCUCCCAGUCACUGAAAAAGGCCAUUCGAUCUUACAAGAUGCCUGCAGCAAGUUUUGGUUCGUUAUCACAGAUGCCAGCCAACGGUGACUGUGGCAUCAAAGAUGUUUGGAAUCACAACCUGCAUGAAGAGUUCCAAAUUAUUAGACAAGUCGUACAGAAAUACCAUUGGGUGGCAAUGGAUACAGAGUUCCCGGGUGUUGUGGCCAGACCCAUUGGCGAGUUCAGAUCCACAGCUGACUAUCAGUAUCAGCUCCUGAGGUGUAAUGUUGACUUGUUGAGGAUAAUACAGCUUGGUCUCACAUUUAUGGAUGAGAAUGGGAAAACUCCACCUGGUUAUACUACUUGGCAGUUUAAUUUUAAGUUUAAUUUACAGGAGGAUAUGUAUGCUCAAGAUUCAAUUGACUUGCUCCAAAAUUCAGGAUUACAAUUCCGAAAACAUGAAGAAGACGGAAUUGAGCCUCUUGAAUUUGCAGAACUCUUAAUGUCAUCAGGUUUAGUCCUAAUGGACAACAUAAAGUGGCUAAGUUUUCAUUCUGGUUACGAUUUUGGAUAUCUUCUGAAGCUGUUGACAGAUCAAAACCUACCCACAGAUGAGAAUGACUUUUUUGAAAGCCUGAGACUAUACUUUCCAACUGUGUAUGAUGUCAAGUAUUUGAUGAAACUUUGCAAGAACUUAAAAGGUGGCCUGCAGGAAGUAGCGGACCAGCUGGAGCUGCGGCGAGUUGGUCCUCAACACCAAGCCGGCUCCGACUCACACCUCACAGGGAUGGCAUUCUUCAAAAUUAAAGAGAUAUUUUUCGAUGACAACAUAGAGAGUUCGAGCGGUCACCUGUACGGGCUGGGCGCGCCGUUCUCGGUCAACGCCAACAACUUUCAAGACAACGGAGAAAACGGAAACUCGUCCUGAGAUGAGUUUGUGUUCGUCUCCCACCUGACCCCGCAGCCCAGGGUGUUCCACCUCACCGAGUGAACUGUGAAGUGUACAUUUUCCAAUAGGUGUUGUAAUUUUGCACAGUAUUUUUUAAAAUGGAUUAGGCUAUAUUAUGAGUAGCGUAAAAUUUUAAUUACGGAAAUAACGCGAUGAAAUAUUUUUAUUUGAU